UCUGCGUUGUAGUUUCUAUCAGGCAGACAUUAGAAUAAAAUCUUGUUUACGGGGAUCGUAAUCCAACAUUUGAGCGCGAAACACGACAGAAGAGAGAAAUUCAAUGAAGCGAGUUACGUUAAAGCCCUUUAGUUCGACAAUUCGGACAAUAAAACGAAGAAGUGACGUCACGGAGGAUAUCCGGUGCGAUCUUCUACUCUGAACGUGAUCGAUUCUCGUCUCCAUGGUUACGCACGAGCCGACGCCGCCGGCCAAUCAGCGAGUAAAUCACCUGCGGCUUUUGGUAAAGCCCGCCGCUUCAUCAAUUAGAAGUGGCUGUGAUUUGGUGGAAGACCAACAAAUAGAGGACGCUGUCGUGUUUGAUGAUUGAAGCGGCUCGGAGUGAAGAGUUAAAAGCGACAUUCGCUGCAACUUCAAAAGAGAUGGCGAUAUCGGGUUGAAUCGGCAUACUUUUAGUAUACGACAUGUCCACUUCCGUUUCGGACGCGAAAAAUGAUAAAAGUGACGCAUUGAACAAGGAACAAGAAACAGACUCCGAAUCGGGAACAAAAUCGGAUUCUGCCGAAACUGAAACUAGCAAACCUCGCUUAUCGGCCUUCACACCAGUGACUGGUGGUCAUCACUUGUCUAUAAACCCCUCCUUGCUCGGACUAUCGGACUAUCUGGGAGCCAGGGUACUUCCAUUCGCCGCCAAAUUCACCGAACUCUCUAAACCUCACCAAAGUGGAGAAGUGAAUGCAGCUCAGCCACUAAUUCUUACCGGAAGGACUUCAGCUGUUGGAUCAGCUACUGUCCCAACCAGCGAUGGAACACCAGGGUCCAGCCUAUCUGCUCACAGUCCAGUAUUUCGGCCACUUUUUCCAGCGGCAGGAUUGUUUCCUACCGCUGAUCCAGCUCUCAUCUAUCGAGGAUUUGGAGAAUUUCCUCUGGCUCCGACAGGGCUACCACCUUUCUUCCAUCGUAGAAGACGUAAAGAUGGUCGCCAAAGAAGACAGAGGACGACUUUUACAAGUGAACAAACGUUAAGAUUGGAGAUGGAAUAUCAUAGAAAUGAAUAUAUCAGUCGACCUAGAAGAUUUGAAUUAGCAGAAAGCUUGGAUUUAACGGAAACUCAAAUUAAAAUUUGGUUCCAAAAUAGGAGGGCAAAAGAUAAAAGGAUAGAAAAAGCACAAAUGGACCAACAAUAUAGGUGCAUGGCACUAGCCACGACUCUCGGAUCUUUGUAUUCUCCUCCAGCGGCCAGCACUUCUUCACCAGUCUGUCCAGCUUUUUGUGGAACCUGCUAUUACAAACCAACUGCUACUACCCUCUUACCUUCUAGUUCCACUACGCCAUCUAUUCUUACGUCACGAUUUUCAACAUUCCCCGAUUAAAGACGUGAUUCAAUUUCGAUGCGAUUCAUUUAUGACGACGAUCGACGACUGAUAGCAUCACGAUUGUGUGAUUUCAUUUUUAUAUAUGU